CAGUUGCAAUAUGAACUCUGUCAUCUCUGUCUGCCUGCUGGCUACUCUGCCACUCUACUGCCUACUGCUUACAGGUAAUAACCAUUCAAAAAUGGACAGGUGCACACAGGUUGGGUUAAAGUUUGAAUAAGCGACAUUGUGAUUGUGAGUCAGUCUGUCUGUCUGUCGGUCUGUACUCUGUGGGCUGAGUAGUACCUAGAGAUCUGUGCACUCAAACUCUAAUCUGUUUGUCUAUCUGUAGUUGGGCGAGAAGUGUGACUCCGGAGAGACUGAUCGAAUGUUAUUUUCCUAUGUGGUGUAAUGAGGGUUAAACUGUGUGUGAUAUGAUGACACAAUGAAUUUCACUUGAAUCACCAUUUGCUGUUUCUGUGUCCGUCUCUACAGUGGGUAAAGGUGAGGGGCAGUUUGUUCCAGGGAGGUGUGAGUGUUAUGACACAAAGACAACUGUCAGGGGACCACUGUCUGACCUCAAAGUCACAUUCAAAGGCGUCACCUGCAGCACUGACCAGAUCAUGUAAGUAUCAGACCACACAUGCACACACAAAGGCCCACACCCGGACAUACAGACAUGUGCACGCACACAGACAAGCUAUAGUAUAGUAAAAGGUUUUGAACCUCAAAGCUAUUUAAAGUAACUACCCACUCGGCACACACUGGUGGAAUCAACGUUGUUUCCACGUCAUUUCAAUGAAAUUCCCUUGAACCAACGUGGAAUAGAUGUUGAAUUGAUGUCUGUGCCUAGUGGGUAUGAGUGUAUGUGUGUGAUAAAGCAUGUGUUUCCUCCUCGUGUUGUGUAAUGACAAUGUGUGUAAUGAUUAAGUCUAUGUGUCCCUGUGUUUGUGUGUGUGUUAACUGUGUGCCUCUCUGUGUGUUGUAGAGUGGUAGUGAAGAGGACCAGUGAGCCUGUGUGCGUGAAUCCAAAGGGACCACAGGGAAAACAGCUGCUGCACUGCUGGAAGAUGUAAGAGACAUUUUAACAUAAAAUACUUUAUUUACUACACUUUACUUCCCAGCUAGCACAUUUGGUUCCUUGGAAGUUGUGGCAACGUAAGCUUUUGGUUUCCCAUUGGUUCUGGGAACAAAACUAUACGUUUCCUGACCGGUAAAACUGAAACGUUCUGAGAACGGAACUGGAAAUGUUGCCUGUUCUGGGAAUGUACAUUUUUAGGUUGCAGGGAGGUUCUGAGAACGUUUUACUAUGGUUCCCUGACCGUUUUCCUGGGAGGUUUUAUUAACGUUCUGAGAACGGAAAUUAUAGGUUAUUUGAAGGUUUUGAAUAACUUCCUUAACUUUUACUGAGUGUUUCAAUAAUACUUUUAUUAACUGUUUUGAACUCCAAGCACAGAUAGGACACAUGGAAAUUCAUUCGCUUAGGCAUUAAUCAUGCAAACACAUUAUUUUUUUUAUUGUGGCAUGGCGUCAGUGAGAUUAAAACCUAUGAUCUUCUGUUCUCAAUCCAUGAAUUAGUCCACUGAGCCACCAGGAUGGAGUUAGCAUGACAUUGUUUUUACUCAUACAAAGCUGUUCAUUUCAGUCUAUUCAAACAGAACAAAUUUCAAAGGAAACAAGCACUCAUUAAGAUCAGGUGUGGCCAAUUAGUGGGCGGGGCCAACAUGCCUGAACUCCCUUAACAAGAUAAAUAAAAUCAAAUCAAAUUGAAUUUGCCACGUGCCGAAUACAACAGGUGUAGACCUUACAGUGAAAUGCUUACUUACAGCCCUUAACCAACAAUGCAGUUUUUAAGAAAAGUGUUAAGUAAAAAAUAGAUUAGUAAAAAAUGCAAAUAGUCAGGGUAGCCAUGAUUAGCUGUUCAGGAGUCUUAUGGCUUGGGGGUAGAAGCUGUUAAGAAGCCGUUUGGACCUAGACAUGGCGCUCCGGUACCGCUUGCCGUGCGGUAGCAGAGAGAACAGUCUUUGACUAGGGUGGCUGGAGUCUUUGACCAUUUUUAGGGCCUUUCUCUGACACAACGCCUGGUAUAGAGGUCCUGAAUGGCAGGAAGCUUGGCCCCAGUGAUGUACUGGGCCGUACGCAUUACCCUCUGUAGUGCCUUGCGGUCGGAGGCCGAGCAGUUACCAUACCAGGCGGUGAUGCAACCAGUCAGGAUGCUCUCGAUGGUGCACCUGUAGAACUUUUUGAGGAACUGAGGACCCAUGCCAAAUCUUUUCAGUCUCCUGAGGGGGAAUAGGCUUUGUCGUGCCCUCUUCACGACUGUCUGUUUGUUGCUGAUAUGGACCCCAAGGAACAUGAAGCUCUCAACCUGUUCCACUACAGCCCCGUCGAUGAGAAUGGUGGUGUGCUCAGUCCUCUUUUUUUUCCUGUAGUCCACAAUCAUCUCCUUUGUCUUGAUCACGUCGAGAGAGAGGUUGUUAUCCUGGCACCACACAGCCAGGUCUCUGACCUCCUCCCUAUAGGCUGUCUCAUUGUUGUCAGUGAUCAGGCCUACCACUGUUGUGUCGUCGGCAAACUUAAUGAUGGUGUUGGAGUUGUGCCUGGCCAUGCAGUCAUGGGUGAACAGGGAGUACAGGAGGGGACUGAGCACGCACCCCUGAGGGGCCCCCGUUUUGAGGAUCAGUGUGGCAGAAGUGUUGUUACCUACCCUUACCCCUGGGGGUGGCCCGUCAGGAAGUCCAGGAUCCAGUUGCAGAGGGAGGUGUUUAGUCCCAGGGUCCUUAGCUUAGUGAUGAGCUUUGAGGGCACUAUGGUGUUGAACGCUGAGCUGUUAUCAUUGAAUAGCAUUCUCACAUAGGUGUUCCUCUUGUCCAGGUGGGAAAGGGCAGUGUGGAGUGCAAUAGAGAUUGCAUUAUCUGUGGAUCUGUUGAGGCGGUAUGCAAAUUGGAGUGGGUCUAAGCUUUCUGGGAUAAUGGUGUUGAUGUGAGCCAUGACCAGCCUUUCAAAGCACGUCAUGGCUACAGACGUGAGUGCUACGGGUCGGUAGUCAUUUAGGUAGGUUAACUUAGUGUUCUUGGGCACAGGGACUAUGGUGGUCUGCUUGAAACAUGUUGGUAUUACAGACUCAGUCAGGGCCAUGUUGAAAAUAUCAGUGAAGACACUUGCCAGUUGGUCAGCGCAUGCUCAGAGUACACGUCCUGGUAAUCUGUCUGGCCCUGCGGCCUUGUGAAUGUUGACCUGCUUAAAAGUCUUACUCACAUCGGCUAUGGAGAGCGUGAUCACAUAGUCAUCUGGAACAGCUGAUGCUCUCAUGCAUGCUUCAGUGUUGCUUGCCUCGAAGCGACCAUAGAAGUGAUUUAGCUCGUCUGGUAGGCUUGUGUCACUGGGCAGCUCGCGGCUGUGCUUCCCUUUGUAGUCUGUAAUAGUUUUCAAGCCCUGCCACAUCCGACGAGCAACAGAGCCGGUGUAGUCCGAUUCAAUCUUAGUCCUGUAUUGACUCUUUGCCUGUUUGAUGGUUCGUCGGAGGGCAUAGCAGGAUUUCUUAUAAGCAUCCGGGUUAGUGUCCCGCUCCUUGAAAGCGGCAGCUCUACCCUUUAGCUCAGUGCGGAUGUUGCCUGUAAUCCAUGGCUUCUGGAUGGGGUAUGUACGUACGGUCACUGUGGGGAUGACGUCAUCGAUGCACUUAUUGAUGAAGCCAGUGACUGAUGUGGUGUACUCCUCAAUGCUAUCGGAAGAAUCCCGGAACAUAUUCCAGUCUGUGCUAGCAAAUCUGUCCUGUAGCUUAGCAUCUGCAUCAUCUGACCACUUCCUUAUUAACUGAGACACUGGUGCUUCCUGCUUUAGUUUUUGCUUGUAAGCAGGAAUCAGGAGUAGAGUUAUGGUCGGAUAUGCCAAAUGGAGGGCGAGGGAGAGCUUUGUACGCGUCUCUUUGUGUGGAGUAAAGGUGGUCUAGAGUUUUUUUUCCCUCUGGUUGCACAUUUAACAUGCUGGUAGAAAUGAGGUAGAACGGAUUUAAGUUUCCCUGCAUUAAGUCCCCGGCCACUAGGAGCGCCGCCUCUGGACGUUUUCCUGCUUACUUAUGGCCUUGUAACGCUCAUUGAGUGCAAUCUUAGUGCCAGCAUCGGUUUGUGGAGGUAAAUAGACAACUACGAAGAAUAUAGAUGAAAACUCUCUUGGUAAAUAGUGUGGUCUACAUCUUAUCAUGAGAUACUCUACCUCAGGCGAGCAAAACCUCAAGACUUCCUUAGUAUUAGAUUUUAUGCACCAGCUGUUGUUUACAAAUAUACACAGACCGCCACCCCUUGUCUUACCGGAGUCAGCCAUUAUAUCCUGCCGAUGUAGCGUAUAUAUGUCGUCGUUCAGCCACGACUCGGUGAAACAUAAGAUAUUAAAAAAUGUUAUGUCCCGUUGGUAGGAUAACCUUAAUCUUAGGUCGUCCAAUUCAUUUUCAAAUGAUUGAACAUUGGCUAAUCGAAUUGAUGGAAGAGGCAGUUUACUCGCUCGCCAUCAGAUCCUUCCAAGGCACCCCGACCUACGUCCACUAUAUCUCUGUCUCUUUCUCAUGCGAAUGAUGGGCAUUUGGGCCUUGUCGGGUGUCUGUAGAAUAUUGUUUGCGUCCGACUCGUUGAAGAAAAAAUCUUUGUCCAAUACGAGGAGAGUAAUCGCUGUCCUGAUAUCCAGAAGCUCUUUUUGAUCAUAAGAAACGGUGCCAGAAACAUUAUGUACAGAAUAAAUUACAAAUAACGCAAAAGGACACACAUAAUAGUACAAAUGGUUAGAGGGCUGUAAAACGACAUCCAUCUUCUCCGGCGCACUACAAGAGGAUAGAGUUUUGUUGACGCUGAGAAUGGAAUGUAUAUGUUUUUAAAUAAUAUUCUUAGAACGUUCUUUGAAUGUUACUAAUGUUUUCUUGUGGUUUUUAUGGAACAUUUUCUUAAUGUUCUGAGAACAUGACUUUAAAUAGAACAAUGAGGAAACCUGCAGAAAUUGUCAUGCUGAACUACUGAAAUUCCCACAGAAGAAUGUUGUUUCUUAGCGUUCUCUGAACUAUUUGAGAACAUUCCCUAUGUCAAACCAGUUGGAGAACGUUCCUAGAACAUUACCCAAAAUGUAUUUGUAAUUAUAACCAUGUUUGAACUUUUAGGAAACGUUCUGUUAAAGUAAUGAAAUACCAAGAAAAUAACGUGCUGGGAAUGUUACAAAGCCAAGCAAGUAUCCUGCACCAUUCCCAGAAAGUUUUGGGAAGGUUGUAUGCAAAAUAACCAUAGGCAACGACACGCUCAGACUCACCAAGCUCUAAGAACGUUCUCAGAAUGUUCUGUGCUAGCUGGGUUCACUUCAGCAUACGUUACUGUACUUUUCAGUACUUUUCUGUACUUUACUUACUUUACUUUAAUUUACUUUACUUUAUAAACAUAAGUGGAUAGUUAUAUGGCAUACUUCCGAAAGACAAUCUAGAAUGUCUAACCAAUUUGGCAACACAAUGUAGCCAGGGUUGUUGAACGCAAGGCUGGUUAGUGAUUUUAGUUGACUCUAGGUGAAAAUAUGCAUGUAUACAGUAUGCUGCAGAGUUAAUACUUUCAUGUGGCUUUGAUAAAAUUGAGUUUCAGUUUAACUGUGAUUCAGAUCAUUAAAUCCUGUCAACAGUUUGUGAUACAAAGAGCCCUCUGUUCAGCUAGUCUCUCUCUCUCUCACUCUAUUUCUCUCUCGCCACUCUCCCUCUAUCUAUCCUAUCUCUCUCCAUUUCCCCUCUCUCUUUUUCUAUCUCUCCCUCCCUCUGCGACAACAACAGCUGUACUAAACAUAUCCAUGUAUAUUCCCUCUCUCUCUCUCUCUCGCUCUCACUCUCAGAACCCGAGCGAACGGAUUGGAUAAGAAGAGGUGUCUGAGGCAGAGGAGGCAAGGGGAACCAAGGACAGAAACAGAGAACUCAGGGGACAAUCUAAAGAGAGCAAAAGAAGAAGGGCAACAACAAUCCCUGCCUUAGGGUGACCACAGAGCCAGUACCUGUCCGUUCUCCUGACCAGCAGUGCAGUGUUCUAGCUAGUCUACACUGUAACCCUAGACCAGACCAAUACACCAGAGGCACUGCAGACACCAGAUGACAAACUACAGACACCAGAGAAACUACAGACACCAGAGGCACUACAGCCACUGAACCAGAAUCUGGGUUUACAGGUGAUGUUGAAUAUGGGCGAUUGUCCUUUAAGCCUAGGAAGCAGCCAUUCAACUUGCCAUUCACCAGCUUUUCAAGCUUAAUAAUGGCCAAAUACAUUACUGCCGUUAUGGCUAGGAAUGAAAUUGGGCUCCUUAACAUUAAGAAAAAUCCCACAAAAUGUAAAUCGCAGUGCAGUUAUCACAAAACAUUAUUUUCCGUGUUAUAGCCUAACUAGACGAUAGGCUAUAAAGGCCUGGGGAAAGUUGUGUAAGUUAAAUAAAACCAUAGAGUAACUUUAAGCUACUUUGGUGAAUUUGCGAGGCAUGCAAGACAGAUUACCAAGACAUAUACA